CUCAAUAAGAUGCGCACCUACGAGGGCGCGGAAAAAAAUAUACGCCAUUCGCCUUGGCGCUUGAAUUUAGUAUGCCAGCUUGCCGCCGGCUUGCCACUGCAGGAAGCCUUGACGCAGUUAGAGUUUUGCAAAAAGGGAAAGGCCCCGCUGGUACAAGAAGUUCUGAAGCGAACUUCCAAUCUCGCCAGUAUUCGUCACGGAUUGCAGAUUAGUCAGCUAGAAGUCGCGGAGUGCUUUGCGACUAAAGGUGUUCCACUAAAACGCAUCAGAAUCAUGGGACGAGGACGAUCCGGUAAAAUGGAACGAAAACAUUCUCACAUGCGUGUCAUUCUUCGA